AUGGCCGUCCAAGGUCAGCUGGUUGUUAUUGGCAUCGAUCCGUGCAUUUCUCAACUAGAGCAAAAAUUGUAUGUGGCUCUGCAAGCCCCUGACAAUUCCAAAAAUGCCGGUGCUCGAGCAGCACUACACGAGUUGCUAUGGGAAAGUGAGGGCGAGGGUAAGACGGCCUGGAUCCUCGGAUGGGCUAUAUUUGCAUUAAUCCAUGACACCUCUGAUUUUUUGAUUAUGCUACCUGUAUUCUUUUUGAUGCUAUUAGCUCGAGCACCCGCUUUUCUGGGUUUGCUGACCUAUAAACCGGUCUUUAUGCAAAUAUACUUGAUUUCAUAUGUAUUGGAGCUGUUGAUUAUCGUGAUCAUCGCUAUUUUGAUAAAUGCCGUAUCUUCAUGGAAGGAAUACUUCCGGGAGCAGCACGGCCGGUUUGACGUUCUUGCCAUGGUAGCAGUUUUCAUUGCCUAUUUCACGCUCUGGGGAGUCGCGGCAAAAUGGCAGUUCUAUCGCUACGUCAGAGAUCUCCAACUAGAGAAGGAACAGCAAGAAAACCCUGCCAUCAUCAGACACGAGAAUCCCAAAAGAUUU